CUAUAUUAGUAUAGUAGAUAGAAAAAUAUCUACCCUACAAAAUUAUCUUGUUCUUUAAUCUUCCACUAGAGGGUCACAUAUGCCAUGCUUUUGGCCAUUUGAGAUUUUGAGAAUCAAUGUGAAGAUGACGAAAAUCAAAAAGGAAAAACGUGAUCUUGAUGAUAAUGAUGCAGAUACAACAGCUGGUGAUACAAGUUUACCUGGAGAAAUGAAAGAAUUACCAUAUGACGAAAAACUUAACUAUGUUAGUGCCAUAGCCAAACCUAUGGCUUCUCGCAAAUUAGCAAAGAAGUUGUAUAAACUUAUAAAAAAAGCUAGCAAACAUAAAACAUUUUUGCGUCAGGGCUUGAAAGAUGUACAAGGAAGGAUACGAAAAGGAGAGACUGGGAUUGUAAUAUUUGCAGGAGAUGUAAGUCCAGUGGAGAUCAUGUGUCAUCUUCCAGGUGUUUGUGAGGAGAAGAAUAUUCCUUAUAUCUAUACACCUUCCCGCCAGGAUCUUGGAAUAGCAAUGGGUGUCAAACGAGGAAGUCUCAUGGUUUUAGUACGCAAAAAUGAAGAUUACAAAGAUGCAUAUGAUGACUGCUAUGAAGAAGUGAAAGCUGUUCCUCUUCCCAUUUGAGAAAAUUUUCAGUUAUACAAUUUCAACUUUAUCUUCUUUAUAAUAAAUUUCAUAAUUUUUACUGUUUUCAUGAAAGACUGAGGUUGCAGCACUUUGAGUCUUUUUAUUGUAAUUGUAUGAGAUGUAAUCAAAAAUUUGUUUUGAAAUCUCAAUUCUAUUAACAAGAAACACAGAACACACAUGAGAAUCUUUAAUAUAGUGUUUCAGAAACCUGAAGUUAUUGUUUUUUACAAUCAAUCUUAUCAGUCUCUCUCUUUCUGGCUAAAAAGGUGUAAUGCUCCUUAGCCUUGCCUAACCCCUCAAAAAAUGACAAAUUGGAGUUUUGUAAAAAAAAACAAAAAAAAACUGGGGUCCCCACCCUUUCUUCAGUGAGCUUUGUUCACCCAGCUUCCACCUUCAUCUUAAAGGAGAAACAAUUGCACUACAAUAACUAAUGUUUGGAAAAAGCCUUAAAUCAUGAUGAAUGUGAAAAUAUUUCUUUCAUUUUUCAUAGGUUGAAAUUUAUUUCUUAAAAAAGAUUGUCCUAGGUGUGAUGUUAAUGGCUCAUUACUUUAUUGGCACACCAACUAUUUUAAUGACAUCAUUCCUUAUAACUUGAGAUUUUGAAUUCUUAACAGAUUUUUAAUGCGAUACCAAAAAAUAGUGGCUGCUAUAUAUAUAUAGGUUUUCAUCCCAAAGCCAUCGUUGUAGCCCUAGUUAUCCAGGGUAGUAAUAAAUAACUAGGAAAUUCUAUCACAAAGUUUAAACCUAAAAAUUAAUUUCAAGUUCUGUCAUUAGUUAAGAAUAAUGGCAAUAUGUUUAGGAGACAGAAAGAAAAAAUGUUUUAUCCACAAAAAGUAGUAGUAAAACUGAAAACUUCAUGAAAACCUAAGAAUUAUGAUCACUAACCUCUAACUUAGAUGUUUUUGAAAUUUGCAUACAACAAGCACACAGAUGAAUGGAGCUUUAUCAAAAGACUAUGAGUUUUUAUAUAUACAUUAGAUUAUUUUAAAAACUUGAUUCAAAAGUAAAUUGAUGCCAGCAUUGCUUAAAUUAGUACAUUUAACAAGUCAGUGCACUGAAGAUAAUUUUAGCUGACAGAAUAACUAUUAAAUUAUAUUGCUGUGUGGACUAUUAUAGGCAUUCCAUUAAGCAUUUACAUAUAGUACAUAUGAAUUGUGGUUAAAAGUAUUUUAAACAAAGAUGCCUUUAAAAAAUGUUAGAGUGAAACAUCUGUUGUUUAACCAUGAAAAACACACGACUGUGGAUUGCCUGAAUCUUAGUUCAAAGUCAAACACUUUCAUGCUACCUCUAUUUUAAUAACCACUAUUGAUAUGAUAAGAAAAUAAUACACCAAACAUACUAUUAGAAACACAUUGUUCAUAUCCACUAAUAUUUAUUUAGAAAAACAUUCACGUAAUCAUUUAUGCCAAGUACAUUCUAGAGCAGUCAGCUGGUCAACAAACUUGUAGGUUCUCUAGAUAUCUUGAAAUCAUAAAAAUGAUGUCGAAUCUAAAAACUCAAUUAGAUAAAACAGUACAUUUAAAGAAUAAUUAAAUUCAAACUUGCUGGAAGGAGUAGUCAGUCUUAAUUGUAACUGAUGGUGGAUUUUUUACCAUGACUGAUUCCAAUUGAUAUAUAAAAAAUAUCUUUCUUUUUUUUUUCUUAAGAAGUGAAUGAAUCUGUAAAUACCUUGUUGAAAUUUAGGCAUUUGAAAUAACAGAAAUUAAUAACUUCUUCACAGGUACAAAUAUGAGAUGGAUUAUUUGGCCAAAAUUUACACACUAAGAUUAUUAUGCAGAUUAGCUUAAAAUAAGAUACAAAAAGAGUUUUUAGCUUGGGCUUCAUCCAGUUGACACAACAGUGGUAAAUGCUAACUUGCUUUUGGUUGGUAAGCAAAAACCCACUUCAAGGUGACAAAAAGCUUGAUUUAAGCCUACCAAAUUAUGCUUUAUAAGAAUAAUGAUUCUAUACUUUAGUCUUUCUGCAAAUAUCUUGCACAAAUUGGUUGAAUUAGCAUUUGUGUGCAGAGGUGGAAUUCAUAUUGUUGCACCCCUGGGACAAGUUUUAACUUGGGCUUCAUCCUUUUAA